UGUUGUCAUGUAUUAACUCCCAACAGAAAGUGAGAGACGUGCCGAGACCAUAGAGGCAGCAGAAGCACCGUGGGAGAGUCAUCAGUAAGAGCAGUGAGAGUCAGCAGGCGUGGGAGAGGCAUCGGUAGGAAGGAGGGAGAGGCAGCGCAACCCGGUCUGAAGGAGUGCCUCUGGUGUUCUUCCAGGAUGGCGGCCAUAGUGAAGGUCUCGUGGGCCUCCCUGCUCAUCGUGUCCAUCUUCUCAACCCUCACCCACUCUCAGUCCUCUAACCAAUGCGUGGACAAGGACGCGCAAUGCAAGACGUGGGCCGCACGCGACUACUGCAGUUCCCACCGGGAAAAUAUGGCGAACCUUUGUCCAGCCACUUGCAACCUGUGCAAAGCUCCGCGUCGCUCUAUCGCCAAUCCAGAUUUUGUAUGUGGGUUGCCAAUCAGCCCCGAGCGGGUCCCCACUGUCCCCAGAAGAUCAAUCUUCCCUAACAACAACCGGAAACAGAAUGCUCCCUGGAAUGCCCCGCCCUUCCCCAACUUCAACGGCAGACGCGGUAGCAGUUCUUCCAACGGGGGGCGCAGAAGGGCCAGAUAUGCUGAGCCUCAGCUUGGCGUCUCACAGACCGUCACCACACAGACCUCUACUGGCAACCCAGGCCAACAGCAGGCGGAGAGGUUGAAGGUCGAGGACACCUUCUGCGGGGCAACACCCAUCUCCGACAGGUUCCUGCUGACGGCAGCCUACUGCGUCCUCGACCACGAACACCCGCUCACUACUGUCAGGCUCGGGGAACUGGACUUCUCUAAGGACAACGAGACAAACUCCCGUCCACGAGACUAUACAAUAGAGACCAUCAUCGUCCAUCAGGAUUAUGACCCCUCGUCGCCUGUGCGGUACAACGAUAUAGCAUUGCUGAAGACAGUCGAAAAGAUUGAGUUCAACGAAUUUGUGUUCCCUUACUGCGUCUCCAAAGAGCGCCCCCCUCACAAUGCCGAUGUCACUGGUUCUGGCUUCGGACUCGUUAACGAAACCUAUCAGUCGCCUAUACUGCAAGAGGUGGAUCUAAAGGUGAUGUCUUCAGAGGAGUGUGAGGAAGUCUUCAAGAAGACGGAGUAUGAGCAGCAGAUAAGGAAGGUCUACCCCAGCCUGUUCCAGGGCAAGGAUAUCAUGUGUGCUAGCUACCCAGGCCGCGGUCUCUGUAAGGGUGACGAGGGAGGGCCGUUGUCCUUGACGGUACCAAAGGGCAGAGCUCGCUACCUGGUGGGGAUCGCCAGCUUCGCCGGCACGUGUGAGAAGGACACCAUCAUGCCCAGCGUCUUCACCAGCGUGGCUGAUCACAUCCCGUUCAUUGACAGCGUCUUGUAUGGACCCUGAGAACACCUGUCCCCGCCUCUACUAGAUCAGCUGGUAUUGAGAGCCACUUAGAAAAGCAACUUAGAGCUCUCUAUGUGUGUGUGUGUGUUGAGAGCAAUUUGUUCUCCAGUGCAUUAGAACAAUUAUCCACCUAUGCACUACAGAUGGUAAUUUUCCCACGUGAUUAAUAUAUAUAUAUAUAUAUAUAUAUAUAUAUAUAUAUAUAUAUAUAUAUAUAUAUAUAUAUAUAAAUAUAUAUAUAUAUAUAUAUAUAUAUAUAUAUAUAUAUAUAUAUAUAUAUAUAUAUAUAUAUAUAUAUAUAUAUAUAUAUAUAUAUAUAUAUAUAUCUUUGAACUCCUUCAAACCCUAAUGUCGAGGACAAAAAAAUUAAUAAAAUAACCCAAAUUUACGGUAAAAAAUUGUCCAUCGUACCUUAACUGUUAAAUAAUAUGAUAAACGGGAUAAUUUAAGCGUCAAUGAACCCCCCAGACAGCGAAGGAGAGCGGUAGUGUCAGCUGAAGAGAGAAGCAAUGAGAGUAGAAACAAAUCCACAAGGGCCGUGACAAGGAUUCGAACCUGCGUCUGAGAGCAUCCCAGACGCUGCCUUAAUCGACUGAGCUACUACGACAUGGUCGGCCCUUAUGGAUUUGUUCAUUUGAUGCAUCACGCAAUUGUGAUUUCUGUGUGUAGAGUAUUAACAGCUCUUUCUUAAGGCAGGAAGACCCACCUUACCCCCCCCCCCCACCCCCAACCUCCCCGACUGACUCCUCCACUCCCAAACACCCCCCCACCUCCACCCCGUCACCCCCCACAUACCCCCUCCACCCCGUCACCCCCCCAACCCCCCCUCCCCCCACACCCCCACCCACACUGACCUUGUCUUCGUGAACGCGCCGACAUUUUGGUAGUUAGUUAAUGAUGUUAACUAGGAAAUGGGUAGUUAUCGUCCUCUCUGGGUGUUUUAGUUAUCAAUUAAGUGAUCCAUCCCGCUAAUAAGCACAUAAGUAUGAAACUAUAAAUCAAUAAUCAAUCAUCUCAAGAUAACUCCGGGAGGUAAUAUGGCUGUCAACUGAUCAUUACAAAAAAAAAAAAAUAUUGCUCGUCUAGGCCGUUUUUCCUCGUGUUCCUGGAGUUGUGUAAUGUGUGUGUGUGUGUGUGUGUGUGUGUGUGUGUGUGUGUGUGUGUGUGUGUGUGUGUGUGUGUGUGUGUGUGUGUGUGUGUGCAAUGUUGCACAAUAUAAUUUUGUUUGAAAAUUUCCUAAUAAAUGUGAUAAAACAG